AAAAAAAUCAACAGCAAAGUAAAAUCAUGUCUCGUCUGCUCCGAUUGGUUCUAAGUUAGAAAGUUCAAAUUGAAUGGUAAGUGAAAGUGGCGGUGGCACCUUCAAAUCCAACUCCUUCGGACCUCACAACACAGUGAUGUUCAACUUCUCCUCUCCCAGGCUGUAGCUCAUUGUUGUGAACCCAGACGCAGUUUGUGGUUGAUUUGAGAGAAAUGUCCCUCCUUAGUAGAUUCUUUUACAGAAGACCUCCUGAUGGAUUGCUUGAAUUUGUUGACAGAGUAUACGUUUUCGAUUCAUGUUUUUCUACUGAAGUUCUACCAGAAGGAAUCUACCAAAUCUAUCUGCAUGAAAUUAUAACUGAGUUACAUGAAGAAUUUCCUGACUCGUCAUUUCUUGCGUUUAAUUUUCGCGAGGGUCAGAAGAGGAGUCAGUUUGCUGAUAUACUGUGUGAAUAUGAUGUUACUGUCAUGGAUUAUCCACGACAGUAUGAGGGUUGCCCUCUCCUUCCGUUGUCCUUGAUUCAACAUUUUCUUAGAGUUUGUGAGAGUUGGCUUACGAUGGGGAAUAAUCAGAAUAUUAUUCUUCUGCAUUGCGAGAGAGGGGGUUGGCCGCUAUUAGCAUUUCUUUUAGCUAGUUUUUUUAUUUUCAGAAAGUUGCAUAGUGGAGAGCGUAGGACUCUUGAAAUUGUUCAUCGAGAGGCUCCUAAAGGUUUCUUGCAGCUCUUGUCUCCUCUAAAUCCGUUUCCAUCGCACCUUCGUUAUAUUCAGUAUGUAGCUAGAAGAAAUAUUGCUCCAGAGUGGCCACCUCCAGAGCGAGCACUUUCUCUAGAUUGUGUUAUUCUUCGGGCCAUUCCAAACUUCGAUUCGCAAAAUGGCUGCAGGCCACUUAUCCGUAUUUUUGGUCGGAAUCUCAACAGCAGGGAUGGUCUUUCAACCCAAAUGCUCUUCUCCAUGGGCAACAAGAAGAAGAACCUUCGACAUUACUGCCAGGCAGACUGUGAUGUGAUUAAAAUGGACAUACAGUGUUUGGUGCAAGGAGAUGUUGUCUUGGAGUGUGUCCAUUUGGACUUGGAUUCAGAAAGGGAAAUUAUGAUGUUUCGUAUCAUGUUUAACACUGCAUUUAUCCGAUCCAACAUAUUGAUGCUGAACUGUGAAAACUUGGACAUUCUUUGGGAUUCAAAACAGCGGUAUCCAAAAGGUUUUCGUGCAGAGGUUUUGUUUGGGGAAGUUGAGAGCAUCUCCCCUCCCAAGGCUCCAACUACAAUUUUAAAUGGAGAGGAGAAAGGUGGAUUACCCAUUGAAGCUUUUUCCAGGGUUCAAGAACUUUUCAAUGGGGUUGAGUGGGUUGAUAACAGUGACGAUGCUACCCUGUGGUUGCUUAAACAAUUAUCUGUCUUAAGUGAUGCGAAAGAACUUUCAAGACUGCAAAAUAGAGGAAGUUCAUGCACGUCACCUGUGGACUCUGAAGAAGAAAGCACUGCAUCUUGCAUAGCUGAGGCUGAUAGUUUGGAUGAAGUUUUUGAUGUCUUUCCUAAGCCCCAAGCAGAUACAGAGAAAUUACGUCCAUUAAAUAUUGCUGAUUUAGUUACCUUACCUUCUGAAAAUGAUGCACAUGAGGUUGUUGUUACUUCAGAACCUCUAGAUCAAUUGUCUGCUGAAACUGCUUUGCCUUCACUAAAUCCAGUAGUAGUUCCGACUAAAGAAACACUACCUUAUUCCCCUCCAUCAGUAUCUCGGCCUUCUUCUGUUCCUCACAUACCAGUGCCACCAUCUCCAUCACCUUUUAUAUAUGAAGGAAUUCCUUCAUCGAUGUCUGCAGUAGCACUGCCACCAUUGCCACCACCACCACCACCACUACCACCACAUUCUAUUUCUAGUGGCAUUGCUUUGUCAAUGCAUGCACCAACACUAACACCUCCACCACCACCACCCCCACCCCCACCACCUCCACCUUAUACAAAAGAUUUUGGUAGAUUUCCACCAAAUGUGCCACCGCCACCUUCUCUACCUGUGCUUUCCAGUGGGGAUUCUAUGCAACAUUUGCCUCCAACUAACAAGAAAGGUCCUCCACCACCAAGUUUCUCUAGUAAAGAUUCUUUGGCAAUGCCUUCAACAACUAAUGAAGGAUUAGCACCUCCACCACCACCACCUCCUCCUCCUCCUUUCAAUUAUUCUAACUCCUUCUUGCCAACCCCACCACCGCCAUCGCGACUGCCACCGCCACCACCACCACCACCACCACUGCCACCACCAGCACCAUCUCCUUUAAAUUCUUCUAAAGCCCUCCCACCACCACCACCACCACCACCACCACCUCCUCCUUCUCCUCCUCCUCCUCCUUUUAAUUCUUCUAAAGCCCUCCUAGCACCAGCACCCCCACCCCCACCUCCUCCAUUUAAUUCUUCUAAAGCCCUCCCAUCAACCCCACCACCUCCACCACCGCCACCACCUCCCCUCAAUUCCUCUAAAGCCAUCCCACAGGCCCCACCACCUCCCCCACUUUCCACAAAAUCUAGUCAACCAUCUUUGCCACCUCCCCCUCCCCCUCCACCUCCACCUACAUCCUUGGGUGGUGCUAGUAUUGCAACAUUGCCUCCACCAACUCUUGUUCGAUCAGCACCUCCAGCACCACCGCCGCUUCCAAUGUCAAAAUCUACUUCUAGUUCUAUACCUUCAACACCACCUCCACCGCCUCCUCCUUCAAUAAGUCGUAAGCCUGGCAAUGCCCCUAGGCUGCCUCCACCUCCACCUCCACCCCCUUUAGAACCUACAAAGUCAGGUUCAGUCCCGCCACCUCCACCACCAGCACCCAAACUUCCUACUGCUCCCCCUCCUCCACCAACUCCUGGCAUGAUGCCAAAGCUGCCUGCAUCGCUCGGACCAAAAAGUUCUACGCUGCCACCACCACCACCUCCAUCCAUUGGAAAGGGGAAGGUGACUUCAGGGCCCACAAGUCAUGGCAGAGGUCGAUUAGUCAGUGGAGGUGGUCUUGCCCCUAAGAAAACUUCAUUGAAGCCCUUACAUUGGGUGAAAGUUACUCGAGCAAUGCAAGGGAGUUUAUGGGCUGAUUCUCAGAAACAAGAUAAUCAGUCAAGGGCUCCUGAAAUAGAUAUAACGGAACUUGAAAGUCUGUUCUCAGCAGCUUCAGAUGCAAGUGGCACCAACAAAGCUGGAGGUCGACGUGGUUCUAACAUCAAUAAACCUGAGAAAGUGCAACUGGUUGACUUGCGUAGAGCAUAUAAUUGUGAAAUAAUGUUGACGAAGAUAAAAAUUCCUCUGCCAGAUAUGAUUAGUGCAAUUCUAGCUUUGGAUUCUUCUGCUCUAGAUAUUGAUCAGGUUGAGAACCUAAUCAAGUUCUGUCCCACGAAGGAAGAAAUGGAAAUGCUGAAGAAUUAUUCAGGUAACAAGGAAAUGCUUGGAAAGUGUGAACAGUUCUUCAUGGAGUUGAUGAAGGUUCCACGGGUAGAAUCCAAGUUACGGGUUUUUUCCUUUAAAAUCACCUUUUGUAGCCAGGUUGAAGAUUUAAGAGGUAACCUGAAUACUAUUAAUGCUGCUUCAAGAGAGGUAAAAGAAUCAGUGAAAUUGCGCCAGAUAAUGCAGACUAUUCUUACUUUAGGAAAUGCUUUGAAUCAAGGCACAGCACGAGGAUCUGCUGUAGGGUUCAAAUUGGACAGCCUUCUCAAAUUAUCUGACACUCGUGCUAGAAACAACAAAAUGACUUUAAUGCAUUAUUUGUGCAAGCUUCUUGGUGAGAAAAUGCCAGAGUUACUGGAUUUUGACAAGGAUCUUGUUCAUUUGGAAGCUGCAGCUAAGAUUCAAUUGAAAACUCUGGCUGAAGAAAUGCAAGCUGUAAGUAAAGGUCUUGAAAAGGUUGAGCAAGAAUUGUCAGCUUCAGAAAAUGAUGGUGCUAUUUCUGUGGGCUUUCAGAAGGUGUUGAAAAAUUUUCUUGAUACUGCUGAAGCUGAUGUAAGGGCACUUAUAUCCUUAUAUUCUGAAGUGGGGAGAAAUGCUGAUUCAUUGUCUCAGUACUUUGGGGAGGAUCCAGCUCGGUGUCCUUUUGAGCAAGUGACUCAGAUCUUGGCUGUUUUUGUUAAGAUGUUCAAAAAGUCGCGAGAGGAGAAUGAAAAGCAGGCUGAUGCGGAGAAGAAAAAACUGGAGAAGGAAGCCAUGAAAGAAAAGGCAGCAGCUAAUUUAUCUGCAAAAAAAGAUGGGGUUGAUGUCGACAAGUCAAUACGGAACAUUCAAAUUCAGAAAUAGGCUCCCAACUACUCCUCAAAUGAAUGCGACAGCGAGCACACAUUCUUAACAGAUGCAAGAGCUGCAUUUAAGGAUUCAAUAACAAGAUGCUGAACUUGUUUGUGGCAUUUUGCAGCUUCUUUAGUAUAGACCCCGGUGUUUUGUUUGCAGCAAAGAACCAGGCAGGUUCUCUUCUUUCUUGCUGCCAACCUCCGAAGAGAGUUGAAAUUUUCCACCAAUGCUGAAAAUGUCAAAAUGGGGUCAUUACAGAAACAUGUUUAGCGUUGUAGAUAGUAUACAUGAAAGACAUAUUUUCAGCUGAGAAACCUGUUCAUAUUUAUAUCCCACUUUGUAUUAUUGUGCUAGAGAUGUAAAAGUAUUUCAGAAAUUCAAAGUCUCCGUUCAUUUUAACCAA